CGUCCUGUCUCGUCUGCUUCCGGCUUCUGGGAAUCGAGGCAGAAAUUGUUGUUUUUCGAAGUUACUUUCCUUGUGCUAGUCCGCUGUUGAACCUGUGAUACAGAGGUCUGUUGCCCUUGUUCAGUCACAGUCUUGAAGAUGACAUCGUUAUUACGAGGUGUCUACAUUGUGGGUGCAAAACGUACCCCAUUUGGCGCAAUGGGAGGGAAACUGAAAGACUUCACCCCAACUCAACUGGCAGUUGUUGCUUCCAAAGCUGCGAUGGAGUCAGCAGGUGUCAAACCUGAACAGGUAGACACGUGCAUCGUAGGAAUUGUCAAUCAGAUGGCUGCAAAAGACAGUCCAUACUGCGCAAGACACACUGCUCUCCAAAGUGGCCUUCCGGAAAAGACUCCGUGUCUAGGCGUCAAUCGCCUGUGUGGGUCCGGGUUUCAGUCUGCUGUCAAUGGUGUUCAAGAAAUCCUUCUCGGAAACGCCCAAAUUGCAUUAACGGCUGGAACGGAAAGUAUGAGCCUAAGCCCUUUCAUAGUGAGGGGUACGAGGUUCGGAGUCAAGUUCGGAGUUCAACCCGAGCUGGAGUGUUCAUUGCUUACGACCCUAUCUGAUCUGCACUGCAAACUGCCAAUGGCGAUGACAGCAGAAAACUUGGCAGUCAAAUACAAGGUUUCUAGGGAGGAUGUUGACAAGUUUGCUCUCCAGUCCCAGACACGUUGGGCCGCUGCGCAAGCAGCUGGCCGGUUCAAGGAGGAAAUGGCUCCAAUAAAGGUCAAAGUAAAGGGAAAGGAGGAAGAAUUCAGCGUAGAUGAACAUCCGAGACCGCAGUCGACCCUCGAGACCUUAGCCAAGCUACCGGCACUCUUCAAGAAAGAUGGGACAGUAACUGCUGGAAAUGCUUCUGGAAUAUGCGACGGAGCCGGAGCCAUCUUGAUAGCGAGCGAAGAAGCGGUUUCCAAGUACAAUCUUAAGCCUUUAGCGAGAAUCGUGGGCUAUUCAUAUGUCGGUGUGGACCCCACAAUUAUGGGGAUCGGCCCCGCACCCGCAAUCCGAAAGGUCUGUGAGAAGACUGGAGUGGGAAUGGACAAUGUGGACUUGUUUGACGUUAAUGAGGCCUUUGCCUCACAAUUUUUGGCGGUCGAGCGUGACUUGGGCCUCGACCCUGCAAAGACAAAUGUGAACGGAGGUGCAAUCGCCCUGGGUCACCCAGUCGGCGCCAGCGGGAGCAGAAUUCUCGCUAAUCUCACAUACGAGCUGAGGCACCGCAAGGGAAAGUAUGCCGUAGGAUCGGCUUGCAUAGGUGGUGGCCAAGGCAUUGCUGUGAUGCUCGAGAAUGUGUAGCACUGUGUGCUUGCCAAAUAUUCUCAACCUAUUUUUGUAAAAUAUAUACAUCUCCGGAAGUA